CCCGGUAGCAUCGGGAUGGAAAGCUAAGACCUUUGAAGAUCUGGAAUCCCUUAGUUUGGGGAGGGGGUGAGGUGUGUAUGGCGCUGAGCUGAGAGGAGAGGGAAGGCCAAUAAAGAGCCUGUGGACAAGAGAUCCGAGCUCUCGAGGCGCGGGGUGCGGAGCGCGGCCGAACACUCCGGGCGGCUUCUGGUGGCUACCGACUGUUUUCCUGUCACAGGAAGUUGGGCCUGGCCGCUGGGAAAGUGAAGAGAAGGAAAAAUGAGAAAGCGGUGACGGUCCCCCGCCCCCCAGGUGACUGUCCCACCCACUGAAUUGAAUGUAGCGGCCCGGGAGGUCCUCGGCCCCCCGCACGGGUGAGACGAGGAGGAGCACGAUUCAGACUCCAGCGAGAGAAACGGAAAGGUAGGAGGCCGAACUAUCUCCAUCCAGGCAAGGACUUUACUUCUUACAACAAUGGGAAAUCCAGAAAACAUAGAAGAUGCGUACGUUGCUGUUAUUCGGCCAAAGAAUGCUGCCAGUCUCAAUUCUCGGGAAUACAGAGCUAAGUCAUAUGAAAUUUUGUUGCAUGAAGUUCCCAUUGAAGGACAGAAAAAAAAGAGAAAGAAGGUUUUGUUGGAAACUAAACUUCAAGGCAACAGUGAAAUAACACAAGGCAUAUUGGAUUAUGUAGUAGAAACCACCAAACCAAUUUCUCCCGCAAACCAGGGUAUCAGAGGAAAACGAGUGGUACUAAUGAAGAAAUUUCCUCUGGAUGGGGAGAAGAUGGGCAGAGAAGCGGCAUUAUUUAUUGUUCCAUCAGUUGUCAAAGAUAAUACUAAAUAUACGUAUACUCCAGGAUGCCCAAUUUUUUACUGCUUACAAGAUAUUAUGCGAGUCUGUAGUGAAUCCAGCACUCACUUUGCUGCACUUACAGCAAGAAUGUUAAUAGCCUUGGAUAAGUGGUUAGAUGAACGUCAUGCACAAUCUCACUUUAUUCCGGCUUUAUUCCGACCUUCUGCUCUUGAGCGGAUAAAAACUAAUGUUAUAAACCCUGCAUAUGCUACUGAAUCAGGUCAGACAGAAAACUCACUACAUAUGGGCUAUAGUGCACUAGAAAUAAAGAGUAAAAUGUUAGCCCUAGAGAAAGCAGAUACCUGUAUUUACAACCCUUUGUUUGGAUCAGAUCUUCAAUAUACAAACCGGGUAGAUAAAGUGGUAAUAAAUCCAUACUUUGGUCUAGGAGCUCCAGACUACUCAAAAAUCCAAAUUCCCAAACAGGAAAAAUGGCAGAGAAGCAUGAGCAGCGUCACAGAAGACAAGGAACGACAGUGGGUAGAUGAUUUUCCUCUCCAUCGAAGUGCCUGUGAAGGAGAUUCGGAAUUAUUAAGCCGACUUCUCAAUGAAAGAUUUUCAGUCAACCAAUUAGAUAGUGACCACUGGGCACCCAUUCAUUAUGCAUGCUGGUAUGGAAAAGUUGAAGCCACUCGCAUAUUGUUAGAGAAAGGAAAGUGCAAUCCAAACCUUUUAAAUGGACAACUUAGUUCUCCUCUUCAUUUUGCUGCUGGAGGAGGACAUGCUGAAAUAGUACAGAUUCUCCUAAACCAUCCAGAAGUUGACAGACACAUAACAGACCAACAAGGAAGAUCUCCUUUAAAUAUUUGUGAAGAAAACAAACAAAAUAAUUGGGAAGAAGCUGCAAAAUUGUUGAAGGAAGCCAUUAACAAACCAUAUGAAAAAGUUCGAAUAUACAGAAUGGAUGGAUCAUACCGUUCUGUUGAACUGAAGCAUGGAAAUAAUACCACAGUGCAGCAGAUAAUGGAAGGAAUGCGUCUCUCUCAAGAAACACAGCAAUAUUUCACUAUUUGGAUCUGUUCAGAAAAUCUCAGCCUUCAACUCAAGCCUUAUCAUAAACCAUUGCAACAUGUUCGUGACUGGCCAGAAAUACUUGCUGAAUUGACUAAUUUGGAUCCCCAAAGGGAGACACCGCAGCUUUUCCUAAGAAGAGAUGUGAGACUUCCUUUGGAAGUUGAGAAAAAGAUUGAAGACCCAUUAGCUAUUCUUAUUCUCUUUGAUGAAGCCAGAUAUAAUUUAUUGAAGGGCUUUUAUACAGCUCCUGAUGCUAAACUGAUAACAUUGGCAAGUCUACUGUUGCAGAUAGUUUAUGGAAAUUAUGAGAGUAAGAAACACAAGCAAGGUUUCCUAAAUGAAGAAAAUCUAAAAUCCAUUGUACCUAUUACCAAAUUGAAAAGUAAGGCACCUCACUGGACAAACCGAAUACUUCAUGAAUACAAGAAUCUUAGUACAAGUGAAGGUGUCAGUAAAGAAAUGCAUCACCUACAGCGCAUGUUCUUACAGAAUUGUUGGGAAAUUCCUACAUAUGGAGCAGCUUUUUUCAUAGGACAGAUAUUUACAAAGGCAAGCCCCAGUAAUCAUAAAGUCAUCCCUGUGUAUGUAGGUGUGAAUAUAAAAGGACUUCAUCUUCUCAAUAUGGAAACUAAGGCUUUACUCAUCAGUCUUAAGUAUGGUUGUUUUAUGUGGCAGUUGGGAGAUGCUGAUACAUGUUUUCAGAUCCAUAGUAUGGAAUAUAAAAUGAGCUUUAUAGUACAUACAAAACAGGCCGGCCUUGUGGUAAAACUACUAAUGAAGCUAAAUGGACAGUUAAUGCCCACCGAAAGAAAUUCAUGAGAGGAAAGCAACUGAUACUUAAGACACCACAUUUUGUGAUGUAGAUUUUUUUCCAUGAAAGAUUUCUUAAACUAUUACUUUUAACAAGGCAUUUAGUCUCUUGUAAUAUAUAUGUAUACUAUUACAUUGUACAGAAUCUGUACUUAUGUUUGGUGUGUAAUAUACCAAUUAGUUUUAUAUAAUAUUCUAAUAAGCUAAUCUAAUUUUUAGGAGAAACACACAAAAAUGUGUAGAUUGAUAGUCUGUAUAAUAUUAGACAAAACAGUAAGCUUUAUAAAAAGUUAUUUUUGGUAAAUGGUACAGAAUUUAGAGUGGAAUAUGAUGAAAUUAAAAUAUAGCUUUGCUAUGACUUUGUGUGUCAUUUCAAAAUGUACAGAAAGUCACAUGAUUUGAAUAAAGAAAAUGUGUUUUCUACUUAAA